AUUCAUCAACCUGUUCGAGAUGACCCAAAGAUCGGAAGAGGAAGGGAGCAAGAAAGGAAACCUUAAGUGGGAUAACGAAUCUGACCAUGAUGAUGUAACAAAGAUAUAUGUACAUUAUUCUCUGAAAGGCAUAGAGUCCAUUCGUUUCGACUAUGUCAAAAGUGGAAAACCAAAUGAUGGAUCCUUCCAUGGUGAAUCCUUGGAAUUUUUUGUAAUCGUUUUUCACCUAAAAAAUGAACAUCUUGAAUCUGUUGAGGGCUACUACACAGAGGAAAAUGGGAUUCAAGCACUUUAAUUCAAAACCAACUUGCGGAUUUCUGAACCGAUUGGAUAUCAUGACGGGUGUACUAAGUUUAUACUAGCAGUAGAGGGGAAAAAAAUCAUUGGGUUCCACGGAUCAUGUUAUGAUUAUUGGAAGAUUUACUCUCUAGGAGCAUAUUUCACUUGGAUUACUCCUACUAGAAUAGAAGCCAUAGGGGGCAAGGAAGGCACGAAGUGGGAUGAUGGAGUCAACCAGGCCGGUUUUACAAAGAUACAUGUACGAAGUGGUCAAAAAGGCAUACAAUUCAUCAAGUUUGAGUACAUUGACAAGGAUGGGCAUCUGAUAGAAGGGCCAAUUCAUGGUUCUAUCUAUAGAAGAGGUUCCCCACACGUGUUUGAGAUUAACCAUGUUGACAAAGAAUAUCUGGUGUCUGUUGAGGGUUACUACGAUGGCGAUGCCAAAAAUGGGGUCAUUCAAGCGCUUCAAUUCAGGACUAACAUCAGGACUUCUGAAUUUAUGGGAUCCAACACGGGUAAGAAGUUUAGACUUGCAGCCAGUGGAAUGAAGAUUGUUGGGUUUCAUGGAUAUGCUGAGACAAAUCUAAACUCUCUUGGAGCAUAUUUGACACCGCUUACUCCAACAAAGUUGGAAUGCCAAGGUAUUACUGCUGGAAGCACCUUUUGGGAUGAUGGUGCUUUUGACGGUAUUAGAAAGGUGUCCAUUUUAUCUAUAUAUAUACGGUGUCUCGGAGUUACCUAUGAAAACGCUGGCAAAGUAGAAAAGCGUUACCAUGGAAUGAACAACGGUGACCUAGAAGAAGAGUUUCUUGUUGACUAUCCAAAUGAAUUUAUCACGUCUGUGGUGGGGACUAAGAAUUCUACAAGGGUUACGUCAUUGACUUUCAAAACAUCAAAAGGGAGAUCCUCUCAGACAUUUGGAGACCGGUCUGAGUCUGAUUCAGUUGAAUUUGUCCUUGGGAGCAACGGUUGUGCUAUUGUCGGAUUUCAUGGAUGGUAUAAGGGUAAUGGGUCUGGGUUAAUUACGGCUCUUGGUGCUUAUUAUUAUCCGAUGCCUCUUCCUCCUGCUGCGGAAAAGAUAGAAGCACAAGGUGGUGCUGGAGGAGCUCCUUGGGACGAUGGCAGUAAUUUCGAAGGUGUUAGAAAGAUAUACAUUGGGACAGGUGAGAUUGGUAUUCUUUCCGUUAAGUUUCUGUAUGAAAAUGACACUCAGGAGAUAGUAGUGGGAGAUCAUCAUGGAAAUAAGAACCUACUUGGACAUGAAGAGUUUGAGCUGGACUAUCCGUACGAAUAUCUCACAUCAGUGGAAGGUAGUAAUGAAUUAGAAGUUAUACUCAUGCUUAAGUUCACCACCAACAUGCGAACUUCUCCAUGUUAUGGACUCGAUGAUGACCCAAGCUUCGUGCUCCACAAGGAAGGUCACAAGAUCGUGGGGUUCCAUGGGAAAUCAAGUAGCAUGCUUCAUCAACUUGGCAUCCACGUGCUCCCCAUCACCGACUCCUGA